UUUUGAUUUGAAUGCUUUGGUCGGAAACUAUUUUUUGGUUUUAUUUAAUUCUACAAAUGAUUCCCUUGUUUUUAACCACAUAGCUAAACCCUAGGAAAUAAUGUCUGAACCAGGUAUCAUUAAAAAACUAAGUGAGGAUGUUGUGAACCGAAUAGCAGCCGGCGAGAUUGUUCAAAGGCCGGCGAAUGCAUUGAAGGAACUCAUCGAAAAUAGCUUGGAUGCCAAAUCGACCAAUAUAAUUAUCACUGUAAAGGCUGGCGGCUUGAAAUACUUGCAGAUCCAAGACAAUGGUACUGGUAUCAGAAACGAUAACCUAGAUAUAGUCUGUGAGCGAUUCACCACAUCAAAACUGAGCCAAUAUGAGGACCUGCAAGAGAUCAACACUUACGGUUUCCGAGGAGAGGCUCUGGCUAGCAUCAGCCACAUUGCCCAUCUGACUAUACUGACUAAGACUGCCGCUUCUAAAUGUGCUUACAAGGCAUCCUAUGAAGAUGGCAAACUGAAAGGUCCAAUCAAAGCCUGUGCUGGCAACAAUGGCACCCAAAUCACCGUAGAAGACUUAUUCUACAACGUCAUAGCCCGUAAGAGAGCCCUACGGAGCCCUAACGAAGAAUACACGCACAUUAUGGACGUGGUUGGUGGCUAUGCGGUACAUAACAGCCAUGUCGGAUUCACGCUUAAGAAGUUUGGAGAGAAGACUGAUUUGAAGACACCUGUUAAUUCAUCUGUUAUUGAAAAUGUUAGGAUUAUCCAUGGUAACACAAUAGCCCGAGAACUGAUGGAGCUACAAAUAAAAGACGAAACGCUGAAGCUCUCUGUACACGGGUUCAUUACUAACGUCAACUACUCGCAUAAGAAAGGAGUCAUGUUGUUGUUCAUCAAUCAUCGGCUAGUUGACUCGCAAUCAAUCCGUAAGGCCGUAGAUUCAGUUUACUCAACGUACUUGCCGAAGAACUCUCACGCCUUCGUCUACCUUAGUAUAGAAUUAGAUCCCAAAAACGUAGACGUAAACGUUCACCCCACGAAGCACGAGGUACAGUUUCUGUACGAAGAGCAAAUCAUUGAGAAGCUGAAGGCGUGUGUUGAGAGCAAACUGCUCAGUUGUAACUCUACACGGGUCCUGUAUACGCAGGCCAGGCUACCCGGAGCGACGAUGGUUGAAGAAAUGGUAAAGAAAACUACGGAAGCGGCCAAAGUCAACCCCAACAACAUGGUUCGAGUCAACUCUGACGUUCAAAAGAUAGACAAAUUCUUCAAACCUAUCGAAACAGAUGAAAUAAAUGUUAAAAACACUGAAAACAUUGUGAAUAACGAUGUGAAAACAACAGUGAAUAAUGAAAAUAUGGUGGUAGAUGAUAUCCUAGAAAAUUCACUAGUCGAAGAACCAGCAGUAUUAAAUAAAAUGCCAGAAUCCGAAAUAUGGAAAAAUCAUGCGGUAGACCAGGGCAAUAUAAGUUAUAUAGACCCCAAAGAAUCGUUUAAAACUAGAACGUUUAAGUAUGAAAGAACAGAAACGAAAUUGACAAGCGUGAAGCAGUUAAGGAUGGAUGUGGAGAAGCAAUGUAAUUCUAAUCUGAGAGAAAUAUUGGCCAAUUUGAUAUUCAUUGGAUGUAUUGAUUUACAUAAGUCGCUUAUACAGCAUUCGACGAAGCUGUAUUUGUGUGAUACUACUAGGUUAACUGAAGAAUUAUUCUAUGAAACGAUGCUAUACGACUUCCAAAACUUCGGGCUGAUAAAACUGUCAAAUCCCUUGCCUUUGGAAGAGCUGUUCGUCCUCGGUCUGUCUUCCCAAGACGCAGAAUGGAAUCCUGAACUAGGCGACAUGAGAGAGAUGGCACAACACAUGUGCCAACUGCUGACGAGCAAACGAGCCAUGCUGCUCGAGUACUUCUCCCUGGAGCUCAGUGACGACGAUCAGCUGUUGGCACUGCCGCUGUUGCUGGACAACCACACUCCAUUUAUGGGCGCAUUACCAACCUACCUGGUCCGUCUCGUCACCGAGGUCAACUGGGACGCCGAAAAAGAAUGCUUCGACACGUUUUCCCGGCAGACCGCCAUUUUCUACUCCCAGCCCAACCCGGACACCACCACAGAGUCAGUGAAAUCCGAGCAUUGGAAGCAGGAGCAUGUGAUAUUCCCGGCUAUAAGGAGGAACUUUUUACCGCCUACUAGCUUUGUGAGCAAUGGAGCGAUUUUGCAAAUUGCGAAUUUGCCAGAUUUGUAUAAGGUGUUCGAGAGAUGUUGAAUGGUUGGUUGAUCAAUUAAAGUUUAAGGUUG